AUGAGCUUGAAAGAAGUAUUCGAACAACAUCCAUGGAGGUCAUUUAAGAAGUUCAAUGAAGCUGCAAAGAGUUGGGGAUUUACUAACAGAGCUGAAGUGAAAAGGUUCUUUGACAAAAAUGUUGUACAUCAAACAAAAAUAAACCCUUACGACUACUUUUUACCAAUUUACUCCAACGCUCCUGACGCAUACCAAUUUGACACUCUCGUUCAAAGCAGAAAAGGAGGACAUAAACCAUUCCUCAUCUUCAUUAAUGUUAACACUCGUAAAGCAUAUGCAUAUCCAAUGAGGAAUAAAGGAACUCAUGAAGUUUUAAGAGUUUUGCAGACGUUCGUGGCAGAACAUCAUCCCACUUCAUUAACUUCAGACCAAGACGGUGCAUACCUCAGCAAUGAAAUCACAGAUUUUCUCAUUAAGCAUAACAUAACUCACUACACUACUGAAGACCAUAACCAUAACAUACUCGGCAUCAUA